UCCGCAAAUCUCCCAGAAGGUUUUAGCCACCGUUAUUUUCAUACUGCCCCGGAAAAGGAUAUGACAGGCAAAGACGAAGCCAUAUGUGAUGCUGACACGGGUCGUAUUCCAGGGUUCGGACUCCGGAGAGGUUUUUGGCAGUCAUGUAAGUUAAAAAGAACUUCGCAGGAGCACGGGAUAUUGGUACAAGACCCAGAAUCAGAGGUAAGUACUGUCGAGAUUUACCCGUGGUACUAUAUCGUCGAUUCGGAUGAAGGAAGUGACAAAGUGGUUGACAUCUGGGUCCCAUGGAAGGGCUGAUAGUA